AUGAGUGCGGAACCAGCCGUUGAUACCGCGGUCGGAUCCGUCGCAGCAUCUCCGCCGUCCGAUGACCCCAGUCCGCCAGUAACAUGGCCCGCCGACGGUCAGAUCUCCGUCGCGUGGGUGCGCGAGUUCGCAGCGCGUCUGGACCACGCGUCGCGCCACGUGUCUCCAGAGGAUCUUCCCACCGUCCUCCCUGUUGCCACUGUAGACGGCAUUCUCAAUGCCGCGUAUAAAAUCCUGCACAAGGAGCCAAACGUCGUGCGCGUGUGGCCGCAAUCGGCGGCGCCGACCGCGGCGGCGACGAAAUCUCGACCUAGCCCGUCCGCUGUAGGCGGAACGGAGGGAGGGGAGAAGCCAGGGACGGGUGUUUGCGCGGAGGGGAGCGAUGGUGGGGGGAAAGCCGAGGCGAGGGGAGGGGACGCAGCGGGAAAAGAAGGCGAGGAGAGGUCGCGGCGCGAUGGGAAGGCUCCCUGCGAGAAAGCAGUUCCAGGCGGGAUUGUCGCCGCCUCCGCCGCCGCCGCCGUCGGAACAGGAGAAGGAUUAGGAGGAGGAGAAGACGGAGGAGGGGGAGAGAAAGAAGAGGCAGCAGGAGAAGCGGGAGCAGGAGCGGAAGGAGGAUCAGGGGAAGGAGGAGCGGGGGGAGUGCAAGUGGUGGUGGUGGGCGACGUGCACGGGCAGCUGCACGACGUGCUGCGACUGCUGCGACUGACGGGCGAGCCGUGCGACUCGCGCUUCUUCGUGUUCAACGGCGAUUACGUGGACCGCGGCGCGUGGGGCCUGGAGACGUACCUGCUGCUGCUGAGCUGGAAGGUGCUGUUCCCCCAGCGUGUGGUCCUGCUGCGCGGCAACCACGAGACGCUGUUCUGCGCCAUGCACUACGGCUUCCAGAACGAGAUCCGCCACAAGUACCCCGCGCCCUCCGCGCAGCACCUCUUCCGCCGCUUCCUCGCCUGCUUCGAGUCGCACCCCCUCGCCGCCGUGGUUAACGGCGCCGUGUUUGUGUGCCAUGGGGGGUUGUUUCGCAACCCGGAGGAAGCGGGUGGGAAGGCGGGGAGAGGGGGUGCGGGUGGGGGUGGUGGCGGCGGUGGCGGCGGGCGGGAGAAGGGGAAAGGGAAGGGGAAGGGGGGGAAGGGGAAGGGGAAGGGGAAAGGUCGGGUGGGGGAAGGGGGGAGUGAGAAGGGCGGGACGAGGAGGAGGGGGAAGCGGGAGGUACCAGAGGUGGAGCUAGGAACAAUCGCAGACCUGGAAGGGACGAGGAGAGGCAUUCUGGAUCCCCAUGGCACGGGGUCGCAUGCUAUAGUGGCGGAUGUGCUGUGGUCCGACCCUGCUCUGAAGGAUGAGCUGCGGCAUAAUGCUACCAGGAAUAUUGGGCUUGUGUUUGGCCCGGGGCACACGCAGAUGUUCCUGGAAACGCAUGGACUCAAGCUCAUAGUGCGGUCGCACGAGGGGCCGGACGCGAGGGAGAAGCGGGCGGAGAUGAAGGCAAUGAGCACGGGUCUCACAGUGGACCACGAGGUGCCAGCCGGCCGCCUGCUCACGCUCUUCAGCGCACCCGACUACCCGCAGUUCCAGGCGCGCAAGCAGAGGUACAGCAACAGAGCAGCGUACCUGGUGUUUGAGGGCCCGGACUUUGUGCACCCCGACGUGCACCACUUCGAUGCCGUGCUGCCACGCCCUAAGGCAACGGCCUUUUAUGAUUACAUGAACUGCUUGGAUUCAGAUGAUGAGAUUGAUUUGGGGAGCAGUGAUGGUGGCAGCAGUGACGGGGGGAGUAGUGACGGGGGGAGCAACCAGGGGUCGGGAAGCGAAGGGGGUGAGGAUGAAGGGGGAGGGAGCAGCCGUAGGGCAGGCACAAGCAAACGGGCGUGGGAGGACAUCUACGGGUUGAAGCCCUCCAACCACCUUCCCCCCGCCAACAUCUCCCUUCCGCCCAACGUGCCCCCCGCGCCACACCUCGAGGACUGCGCGGCGCGCACGGCGUUCCGCCAGGCGGCGGAGCAGCGCGGGGCGGACGGGGAGCCCCCCGCGUGGACGCGCCCCAGCAACUGCUGCGGCUGCAACCCGCAACCCCCGUGGGUGCGCGGAUCAGACGCGGGCAACCUGCCUCUAACCCGCGUGGCGCAGAGGGACCUGUGGGCGCACCAGUUCCCCGCCUCCUGCGCCGGCAAGCGCCUGCUGCUCCUCGACUGGCCCAAACCCCCCCCUCCCGACUCCGCUGCUGACGCUUCCGCUGGUGCCGCUGGUGCCGCUGGUGCUGCUGGUGCGGGUAGUGGUGCUGUUACCACGGGGUCAGACCUGCCGUUGCUGCUGCAGUGGGCGGCAGCGGCGCUAGGGCUGGCUGUGCGGUUUGACCGUGUCCUGGUGGUCAGAGGCGCGUUCCCCCCUGCCAAACACGGCCACUGCAACGACCUCUCUGCAUCAGGCGCGUUGCGCUGCUACUUCCUGCCCUUCGUUUCCCAGGACUGCGAGCACGCGGCUCUAGACGCCGCAGCGGCCAGCAGCAGCACCAUGCCCGCAUGCCUGGACGGGCUCAGCGCAGGCGCGGAGGGAGCGGCGGAGAGAGAGGCAGUGCUGAAAGGGCAGGAGCCCGUGGUGUGCGUGAAAGGGGGCUCACUGCAGGACCUGAGGGGGUCGGGCGUGCUGGGGAGGCAGGCUAUUGCUGCUGCCGCCGCCGCUGCUGCUGACCGGUGGGGCAAGGCGUAUCAGCAGCAGGCGAGUGUACUGGAGGUGGAGGGUGUGGUGAGGAAUGAUGACGCCACACUCAAGGCCCAAGCCCUGCGCUUCCUCCUACGCUGGCCCUCCGCCCUCCUCUGCCACGCCACCAACCGCAUGCGCCACUCCGCGUACGGCCUCCGCGUCGCCACACACAUGCUCCUAUCCCGCAACCAGCAGACCGCCAUCAUCCGCAACGUGGCCAACCCCGACGGCACGCCCGAGAACAUCAACAAGAUCAACGGCUCAGAAGAGGCCGUGGCACUGGCACGCCUCAAUUUCACCUCUCAGUGGACGCUGCAUACUAGGGGGUGGCUUGGGGAGGGGUUUGCCGGGUGCGCUGAUGCUAGCGGUGCGGGGUUGACUGGGAGAGCGGAGGAGGAUGAUGCGUUUGUUAAGUCGGAGAAAGGCAGGGGGAGGGUGGUUGUGGACCGGGAUUACGAGGGGGUGGGGGGGGAGGUGUAUGUGAUGCGGCCAAUCGUGAGUGUACAGCUGGCGCUGAGUGGUGAUAGAGGGGAAGAGGGAGGGGGAGGAGGAGGAGCAGGAGGAGGGGGUGCGUCAAAGGGGCUGGUGGGGGAGGAGAGGUGGGGGUUGAUGCUGAGUGCGGUGAUGGGGUUUGUGCAUCGCUUGCGGUUGGCCGUUCCAGAUAUGAGAUACAUUUGGCUCAGCACCCUUGCUCAGUCGGUGAUCGAGGAGUCUCACCACCACCCCGACUGGACCUUCAUCCACUCCCAAAACCCGCGCUUGCAACGAGGCCAAGCCUUUCCCGAGUAUGAGAAGGCUGUGGGGUUACCAGAGGUUACCAGCAGUCGCCUCGCUACACUUCUGAUUGCAUCGGAGAGUGAUUAUUUCGUAGGGGCUAGGGGGUCUGCUUGGCAUGGCGUGCUCAAUGGGCUGCGAGCUACGAAUGGGAGGGGUUUUGCCGGCCAUGUUACAUUGGACCUUGAAGAAUGA